UCAUACCUAUAAGGCUAUAAGUAGCUUCAGAUCUUGAUCGUGUUUAAAAACCAAAACAAAUUAUGAAAUAAAAGAGGAUACACGAAUUAGCUACAGUUACUGAAUCUGAAUAUGGCAACUUCCAUUGUCACUUGUAGUGUAAUUACCACUCUCCAUAAAAACACUUUUGAUCCUUUCUCCUCAUCCUCCUCCACCACCGCCAUCUCCACCGUAUCACUCCCAAAACUCACCGCCGUUGAUGGGUGUUUCUCUUCCGCUAACCGCAGGUAUCUCACCUCCGGCAGCCAGAUUUCUCAUCGUCGUACCAAGUCAAAGAUGGAGUUUAUCGUCUAUGCCAGUGACCAAAUCGGAGAUCUCCUCCCCUUCGGAAUUCAUUUGCCCGAUUCUUGGCCAGCAUGGACUCCUGGAUUUCUAUUGGCUGUAAUCGUACCCUUCUUCACCAAUAAAUGGGGGCCAUUUGCGAAAUUCAAAGAGGAGCUGGACAAGGUGGAGGAGGCGGUGGACAGCGUGGCGGAUAGAGUGGAAGAGAUGGCGGAGAAGGUGGAGCAUUUCGUGGAUGAAAUAGGAAAUGAAUUGCCGGAAGGCAGUGUUUUAAAAUCAACUUUGGAAAAAGUUGAAAAUAUUGCUGAUAAAAUAGGCAAAGAUGCUCACAUGGUUUCUGAUAUAGUUGAUAAGAUGGAUGAAAUGGAAGCAAAAGUGGAGGAUAUGUUCAACAAAAAGACAAAUCAUGAUUGA